ACGUAGAAAAAAAUCAACUUUAAAUUAAUUUUAAUACGUUGAUUAUAUAACAAAUGCGCCUGUUCGUGGGGGUUUCCAACGAAAUUUCGUAUUUGUAUAGAUAAGAUAUGACAUCAUAAUUUUAUGAUGACCUCUUAAAGAGACAAUCGAAAUACGCACAUUGAUUUUUAAUGAUUAUGAAAGAUUUGACAAAUUUAAUUUAACAUAUUAACGCGUUUAAUACAUUCUUAGUGAAAAUAAUGGCUUAUCAAGGUGAUCCGCAUGUGCCUCCUAAUAUAGGAUUUAACAACCAACAACCAGGGUUUGGAGCACCAGGUUAUCCACCACCUCAAUUCAAUAAUGCACAACCAGGAUAUCCUCCGAUGCCACAGCAGGGAUACCAAGGGUUUCCUCCACAACAAGGUGGUUACGUUCCUCCAGGUUACCAACCACCAAUGAACCCUAGUUUUCAACCAGGCUAUCCACAACCACCAGGCCCAGGUCAAUUUCCACCAGCACAAGGGCCAUUUCCUCAACCUCAAGGUCCUGGUCAAUUUCCUAUAGUAAGUCAGCCUGGUCCUGGGAAUGCUGGGCCGCAGCCAGAUGGAUGGAUGAGUAUGCAGCAAAGGCCCCCCAAUUGUCCGCCAGGAUUGGAAUACCUUACUACUGUUGAUAAAUUACUCGUCAAGCAAAAAGUUGAAAUACUCGAAGUCCUUACUACAUUUGAAACCGAAAAUAAAUUUACAAUAAAAAAUGGAAAUGGUGAUAAAGUUUUUUAUGCUGCUGAACAAACUGACUGCUGCACCAGAAACUUCUGUGGGCCAUUGAGACCUUUCGAAAUGAAAAUUAUGGACAUUUAUAAAAAUCAAGUCAUACAUCUUCAUAGACCACUUGCAUGCAUGUCAUGCUGCUUUCCUUGCUGUUUACAGACUAUGGAAGUUUCCAGUCCUCCUGGCACAGUAAUAGGUACAAUUGAACAAGAAUGGUCUAUUCUAACUCCAACGUUUAUAAUUAAGGACGCAGGAGGUAAUCCUGUGUUUAAGAUGGAAGGCCCAAUGUGUAGAUUUAGCUGUGGUGGAAAUGUAGAUUUCAAAAUUCUAACAUUGGACGGUACAGCUGAAAUAGGAUUAAUUAGUAAACAAUGGAGUGGAAUAUUGAGAGAACUAUUCACAGAUGCGGACUAUUUUGGUGUUUCAUUUCCUAUGGACUUAGAUGUUAAAAUGAAAGCAGUACUGCUCGGUGCUGUAUUCUUAGUGGAUAUGAUGUUCUAUGAAAAAUCUGGUCAUCGAGAGUCUGAUCGCCCUGGAAUGUUUUAAUUAAUUUAAAAAACAAAACUUUUUAAGAAGAAAGGCUAUUAAAUCCAUAUGGAUGCAGCAGAUUAACUAUGCAUCACUAUUUUCAUUAAUGUUAUAAAAGGCUGCUUAAAAUAUAUUUUAUAUGUUGGUAAUAUGUUCAACUGAUGAAACUCAAGCGCAAAGAACUUAGUCAUUUUAUCAUAGU